AUGGCACCAAAUAAAGAUUGGAUGGACCUAGUAGAUGAUGAUAGACUUGAUCCAAAAUAUAAAGAAGGGGUUGAUCAGUUUUUAGACUAUGCAUAUGAGAAGCUGUUGGAUAGUUUUAAUGAAAAGGAUGAAGACUUUGAAAUUCGAUGUCCAUGUAUUAAAUGCAGCAAUGUGAAGUCUGGUAAUCGUGAGUUGGUAAAGACCCACUUGAUUGUUCAUGGAAUUAUUAAAAACUACAGAUUUUGGUGUCAUCACGACGAAAGACAGGGUGAGUCCAUUUCGGAGUUUGAUGAAGAACAAGAAGAAAUGACAGAAGAAAGCCAGAGUGACGAUGAAAUGCAAGAAAUGAUUGGAGAUUUAUUUCAUAAUUCAACUGGCGUUGUUGCACCUGAUGCCACGUCGAGUCAGGAUAUUCUUGAGCAGGAACCAGAUGGACAUGCAAAACAAUUCUACAGUCUUUUAGAAUCAGAUAAUCAUCGAGUGCAAAGUGAUGAUGCAAUACUAAAUGAAUCUCGACAAGAAGCUGAUAAUUCUCAAAGGAAGAAAAAUCCACCUCGUGGUAGUAAUAAGUGUCUAAAGUUGAAUAAUUUGUCACAUGGGGAGAAAAAAAUCAUUACUUUUUAUCAGAAUAGAGCUAUUGAACCAGAAUUUUCACGAUAUCUUGGAAUUAUUAUUCGAGAUAGAAAUAUUUGCCCAGUAGCUGUUGAGAAUUGGGCCAAAAUACCACAGCAAAAUAAAGAUCAUAUGUGGGCAUCCAUUAAGGAUAAAUUUGAUGCUGAUGACAUGGAGCAAAAGAGAGAGUCAGUAAUGAGACACUUGCGCGAUUUGUGGAAUAAGUGGCGUGGUGACAUGCACAGGAAAUAUGUGAAAGAAAAUUCAUUGCAAGUUGCACUUAGAAAUAAACCUACAGAAGAUGAAAUUGUUCAAGUCAAACAAGCAAACCCUUCACUUUCUGACAUUGAGAUAGUUGAGAAAAUCUGGGGGAAGCAAUCUCAUGGUCACAUCACUGUAUUUGGUGGCGGGACUACUUUAAAAGAUUUGAGAGGACCGUUCCCUAGUUGA